AUGACAGCAUCAACCAAACAUAUAAAUUUCGAAGCAGAAUCGAUCGGGUCUUCAAAAGCUUUUAAUACAAGCAAGGCAGGCAUUGCGCACUUGCCUAUCGAUCAAGCAUCACAACUAGGAGCACCAGCAGUGCAAGCCUCAGAAAUGUUAGCAUUGGAUGUACAUUCUGGAGAGAGCACAUCACAGCUCUAUGCAUCAUACUUUGCUGCUUCGACAACACUACAACAAACGCAACAACAACAACAACAGUUUUUGCCAGGCGCAGAAAAAGAAAAACGGCGGAAUACGGAUAGUGAACCACGUGUUGUUACAAAAAUUAUGUUUGGUUCAUUGUCACGUUUGGCUGGUGAUGCAUUUAAGGGUGCGAAGCAAGCUACUGAGCAACUUGCGCAAGUUGCGCAGCAUGCUGCCUCCACUUCCGACUUGACAAUGACUAAUAAGUCAAAACUUCCACAGAUGAUAUCAUCAUCGUAUCCAAUAUCUCCAAGUCAAUCCUUUCUUGAAAGUGAUUUGUUACCUGGUUUGGAUGAUUUGUCAGAAGAAGAACGUCAAAAAAUCAUGGCAGUAAUGGCAAGCGCUGAAUUAGACAUGGCAUCGACUAGUGUGUCUGGAUCAUCAGCUCCGGUCAAAAUAUCCGUUUCGCUGGAUUCAUUUUUCAAGAAUGAGGAUCCAAGGAAUUCUAUAAGCAGUUUGCCAGAACAAUCGAAAGUGGAUUCUGUCUCAACCAAUAAAGUAGAGUCGAAGUCGUCUGUUACGAUGCCGCUUUUCUCUGACAUUGUAAAUGAAAUUGAUUUGUCGUGUUUGUCGCCAGCUGAACAAAACCAUAUUAUCGGCGUGAUGAAAGCUGCCGAAUCCGAGGAGGCAAAUAUUAUUCCACCUGUGUCAUCGUUGCUUCCAGUAUCAACAACGGCACCACUUUCAAUUACCCCAAUCAAUGAUGAGUUUCACGACAAUUUAGCUGGACUUUCACAAGCUGAAAGGGACCAAAUCUUAACGGUGCUAAAAGCCGCAGAAGAAGAGCAUUUCGAAAUUACUCAGCCUGUUUUCCAAAAUGGAACAUUAGGAGAUCACAAUGAAGAUAAUAAAUGGCGUCAGGAUAAAAAUUUUGAAAGCACUGGUGAUCAGGAUAUGGAAAAUCAUGAAGCCUUUAUGGAAUCAUCUGCUAUAUCUUCCAUCGGCGCAACACUACCGCAAAUCGAUAGUGAUUACACAAUAGCUGAAGACAGCAGCUGUGAUCUCGGUUUCAGACAUCCAAGUCUCGUAUCGAGUAUUGCCACUGGAACUGAUAUCCAAGAAACAGAUACCCCAUCAGCACCUGGAAGUAGUGAUUAUGGUAGCGCUGAUUUUGAUUACACUUAUGGAGAUGAUAGAAGGUUUAUAUUUGAUGGCACCAGCCAAUUGGAAGAUUCUCCGAAAGAAAAUCAAGAUACUGAUAGUGGUAUUGGAGCUCUCGAUUGGUCCGAUCAGGGGCAUUAUGAAUGGAGUGAACGGAAGCCCCGAAUGUGGACAACGGUCUUCACCGAGGAAGAAGAAAAACAUGAUACAGACAUGCAAAAGCGUGGAAAAAUGGCAGAAAAUUAUAUUCAAGCAGCCGAUUCACAUCACCAAAUUAUUGCAGUUACCGAUGCUCCUGAGAACACUGCUAAGGAGUCAAGUGAUACUGUUGAAAAAAACGUAUAUAAAAUAAAUACGACUCAAGAUAAUGAUGAACGACUUUUUACCAGUACUGACAAUCUUCCGGAAAAGGCUUUAGAAUCGCAGACCUCCGCUGCUCAACAUGAGAUACUGAAAACUGCGCAUAUUAUGCGGAUUCCACCAGCAAUAACGGUAACUGAUCACGAUCACAGGAUCCGAUUAACAGCUGAUGACGAUUCCGAUGCUGAAACAAGUCCUUCUUCUGAUGAAGAUGACUAUCCUGAUCAGGUAAUCGAAGUGCCCUCUGCACCACCAAUAUCGUACGACGAAGUGGAAAAAGAGCAAGAGCAACAAGAGGCAUUCGGGAAAGCUGUUUUACAGCAAAUACAGGCUUUUGGAGAAGCAGCAAAUGAUGAAUUUGACGUGCAGUGGGUUCAUGAUAACUUAAUCAGAAAUGAGGCGAUAAGUAAUAUCUUUUCACACGAUGAAAGUACAACACCAGCGGUAGCUUACGAUGGGAUCCUAUUAUCAGUCGAAACUGAGCACAAUGACAAAGCAGCGAGUUUGAAUAAAGUUACCUCCGAGAGGAAAAAUCCAUUCCUGGAUGUCGAUGGUAGUGUCGAUGAUAGUAUACUUAAAAUAGUGGAAGAGGAUUCAUUGGAACCUGAUGAUGUUGACUACACAGCUGCAGCUAAUUAUUACAGUAGCCAGUCACUGUUAACUCAUAGGCCUGGUUCGGUUUACACAAUUCCGGAGGAUAAAGAGCAAGAUGAUGGACAGGUCAAUACCGAUUCGAAGUUCUACGCGAAGGAAGUGAUUCGCAGGAUACGCGCAGAAUCAGCAGUUCUACAAGCAACUUCUAAGUCCACUGCGUUUAGUGAGGGAGAAACUGCGUUAAAUAUGUUUUCAACUUUGAAUCCUACUCAAAAAGGCAGAGAUGUGACGACAACCGUAUAUAGUAGCGACUACUAUAGUCAAUUGCAAAAGCGCCAGGCUGAAAGUUCAAAACAAACGUUGUUUCAUGAUGAAGAAACAAAUGCAGUAACUCCUGUAGUUGAAGCGAAUAUGAACAGCUUUGAAGCUUCAAAACAACUGGAACAUAUCACUACAUCUUCACCAACUGCACAGAAAGAACCUUCUUCCUGUUUAUCCUCCGGUGGUGUUUCAUUAUGUAGCAGUGCUAUGGUCUUCAAUGUCUCUUCGCAUCGUAUUGCAUCUGCCGGUUUCGAUGGCAUUCAGAAUGGGAGAAUCGAUGAAAUGGAAAUAUCCACAAACUUACCUGCCAGUAAAAAUGAUUCUGGAAUUGGGGUAUUGAAAAUGAAUUCAGGAAUAAUCCAACAUUCAAAAAGCGAGUCAUCAUCAAAUUUGAUUUGUAGUAUGUCAAAUUUUCACCAGAUACCGGGACAGCCAUGCAACUCACCUUCCAAAGCAAAACCUGCGUCACUAUCAGAAACGUUAGGAAGUGGACUAGAUUCGAACGCUGGAACUAUAUCAUCCAGAUUUGAUGCUGAUCCAACAGCCACAAGAUUAAAACGAUCGCCAGCCAUGAUGCUGAUGGGUGGCCAACAACAUCACGUUCCUAGCACAUCGGCAACCUCAGAAAUGUUGGCCACUGCUUAUGCGCCAACAUUGUUUUCACAAACCAUUCCAAAAGAGGUUAUUUAA